AUGUUUAAUUUUGGUUCAACAUCAACAACACCGAGUAAUACAAGUCUUUUUGGAACAUCAACACCUGUUAAUCAAAAUCGAACAGGAAGUGGUUCAUUAUUUGGUAAUACAACCAUGCCACAACCUAAUACACUUACAUCAACACCAUUUGGAUCAACAAGUUUAUUUGGAGGAACAAGUCCUUCUACAAUGACUCUUCAAGUUUCAUCAUCUGGGACAGGUACAAUACACAAAUUUGAUGCUCUUGUUGGUACAGACAAAAUUAACAAAAAUGGUAUUCAAACACAAAUUCGUACAAAAAUUUUCAAUCUAUGUGCUAUGACAGUCUAUGAAAGGAAGUCCAUGGAGGAACUUCGAUUAGAAGACUAUAUAGAUAAUCGAAAAUUUUCAUCUACAACAUCUUUAUUUGGUGGAUCAACAACAGCAACAAAUCCUACAACAACUACAACAAAUAUGUUUGGUGCAAAUACAACACCAACAUCAUCAGCAUUAAAUUCAACUUUAUUUGGAAAUAAGCCAGCCGUAUCAACAGCAUCAACAUUACCAUUUUCAUUUGGCUCUUCAGGAACCACAACAACAACAACGCCAGUACCAUUUUCAUUUGGUCCAUCAACAACAACCACAGCAAAUCCUGUAAAUUUUUAUAAAUCUUAUGAACAAAAAGAUAAACUAAUAUCAAAAUUUUAUUUUCAGACUGCUCCAUUUGGUAGUACAGUAGCGGCUACUGGAACUACUACAUCAGCAUCACCAUUUACAUUCGGAGGUAGUCAAGCUCCACCAACAACAAAUGCACCAGCUUUUAGUUUCGGUGGUUCUACUUCAUUAUUUCCAGCAGCUAAUACAGGUUUUUCAGUAACAAAACCAACAAUGACAAGUACAUUUCCAUUUACUUCAACAACAGCAACAUCGGCAGCACCAUCAUUUAGUCUUUUUCCAACAACAACAACAACUAGUGCUCCUACAUUAUUUGCAGCAUCAAAUCAACCAGUAACCACAUCAAAUGUACUAACUACACAAUCAUCUGUUGAUACACGAACUCAUUUACAAUUAUUUCAAACAAUGCUUAAUAUACAACCAUUUAAUAGUGAACUUGGCUUUCUUGCACGAAAUAUAAAACCAAACAUUGGUCUUGAUCGAGCUCGAUUACGUACUGUGCCUGAUUCUAGCACUAGUCAUCCAUUAAACAAUGUAUUUACUUCUCUUCUUCCAAAAUCAUCUGUUCUUGCAUCAAGUACAUCAACACCGCCAUCAACAUUAGCUAAUCCAUUACCAACUCAUUCGCAUACAUUGCCAUCUGUUUUAUUACCAUCAUCAACAACAAAUUCAUCUAUUACUUUAUUUGGUAAGCGUAAAUUAGCUGAUUCAUUUCUUGACGACGAUGAUGAUAAUUCAUUAAUGAUGGAUGAUGGACCAUCAUUAUCAAUAAAUAAAAUAUCUAAAACAAAUGUUCUUAAACGACCACGUAUACUUGAUAUGAAUAAAAUUCGUUCAGUUGUACUUGGAGGUGGUAGUGUAGGAGGAGGAGGAACUAAUGAAAUUAUAACAAAAGAAGAAAAUUUUUCUGAUACAUUUGUUGUUAAAUCAACAUCAGAUAAUUUAUCGGGAUGGAAAAAAUUUGCUACUUAUGAUGCAUAUAAAGCAUCAAAAAAACAACAAAUUGAAAGUAUUAAAAUAUGUGGUGAUGAUGAUGAUGAUGAUGAUAAUAAUAAUAAUAAUAAUAAACAAAUAAAUCUUAAUGAAAAUAAAUUUGAACAAGAACGUGCUUUUCGUUUACCAAAAUUAACACAUGAUGAUUAUUAUACAAAACCAACAAUUGAUGAAUUACGUCAUUAUUUUAAUGAAAAAGGACAAUGUUUUGUUCAAGAAUUUACUGUUGGACGAGAACAUUAUGGUUCUGUGACAUUUCAAGGUUCGAAAAUAAAUUUAGCUGGUCUUGAUCUAAAUCAAUUAAUUGAAAUUGGUCGUAGACAAAUAACUGUUUAUCCUGAUGAUAAUAAUAAACCAGCUGAAGGUGAAGAAUUAAAUUGUCAAGCAAUAAUAUCUUUAAUAGGUGUUUAUCCAAGUGCUCGUUCAAUAUCAAAUAGUGGUGAAGAAGUAACUGAUCCUGAUAGAUUAAUUGAAAUGAAGUAUGAAAAUUAUUUACGUGGCAUAACUCAAAAAUUUCAUGGACAAUUCCUUGAUUAUGAUGUUUAUACAGGAACGUGGACAUUCAAAGUUGAACAUUUCUAA